AUGUUCAGACCAGGUGGCUUGUUUGAGCAAGUGCCUUGUCCACAGAGCACACAAUGCUCUCUCUUAACAUGCGUGUUCUCGCACAAGGAUAACAGUCUACCUAUGGCCUUGAAACGCGCUUCAACCUCCGUAGAGAAACCAAAUAAUGCCAUUGAACAACCACCCAAACGACAGAAGGUUCCAAAUUCUAUCUGGCCAGAGGUCAAGCCUCCAAGCUCAAAUACCACUCCGUCUACCACGAAGAGCAAAGCGCCUGCCUCGAACCCAACAAAGAUAGACACAGUUGCAUCACCUGAUGUCGACGACUCCUUGAAACACCCUCCUCGCAAGGCACCCAAAGAAAACCUCAAUCCUCGCAUGAUACCCAAGUCGCCAGCUCCACAUUCUGUUCGGACAACAAUUUUGAAUAAGGUUCAUUGGGCAAUGUCGACAAUGAACGAGAAGCUGAAGAAGGACAAGAAUAACACAAACAAAAGCCUCAUCCUUUCCGAAAAUGAGCUUGUCAUCAUGGCACUCGACGAAGAGGAAAGGGCCGCUAAACAAAGUCUAUACAGCAACAUUAUCAGGUCUCGGGUUUUGAAAUUGACGCGAAUGAAUCUUAAGGAAUGGGCCGAAGAGGUUAUGGAUCACCUCUAUAAGCGGUACUACAAAACGAAGCCAAUUCAAUCGAAAAUCAAUGAAGCACCAAAACCCAUUGAAACUGGUCUCAGCAAAAGUGAAGAGAUUGCUCUCGUGAAAAUGUUGAUCACACCCCUGGCAGGCCUCGAAGAGUUUGGCUAUAACACCAAAGCCCCGAGUGCAGCCGAAGUUGAGACCGCUAAGGAGACAAUCGCCUAUUGUAAGGGCUGGGAGAAAUGUGACCGGUGUGGCGGACGCUUUCAGGUUUUCCCUGGUCGCCGCGAGGAUGGAGCCCUGACCGGCGGUGGUCUGUGUACUCAUCAUCCUUCUCGGCCAACUUAUCCUCUUCGCAAGAAAACCGACACGGUAACCGGUUCAUCGGGUCCAAUCUAUCCAUGUUGCAAUGAACCAGUGAGCACCUCAUCUGGCUGUACAAAAGCCAAUGACCAUGUCUUCAAGAUUUCAGAAGUCAAAUUUCUCUCGGCUGUACUUCCAUUCGAGACUACACCGACCCAGCCCGACAAAGGAUCCCUCGAGCCUGUAUCUUUCGAUUGUGAAAUGGGCUAUACGACACUGGGCCUGGAACUAAUUCGACUCACUGCUGUCAGCUGGCCAGAGAACCGCGAGCUACUGGAUAUUCUAGUUAGACCCUUUGGCGAAGUCUUGGACCUGAAUUCACGCUACUCGGGUGUAUUUCCUGAGCACUAUGCCUCCGCCAGACCAUAUGGCACUCCAAUCGGUGGGGAGGGGAAACCGAGCUCUCUACAGGUUGUUGAAUCUCCUGCUGCAGCACGAGAUCUUCUUUUCAAACUUCUCCAACCCGACACACCGCUGAUCGGCCACGCAAUUGAAAAUGACCUCAAUGCCUGCCGAAUAAUUCAUCCUACUGUAAUCGAUACAGUGAUUCUUUAUCCAGCAGGACCUCUUCCCUCCCGACACAAACUGAAGUUUCUUGCUUACAAGUUCCUGGAUCGCGAGAUUCAGAUGGGAGGCCAGCAGGGUCAUGAUUCGAAGGAGGAUUCAAUCGCAACAGGCGAUCUCGUGAGAGUCAAGGUGCGAGAUAUCUGGAAACGUCUGCAGAAUCAGGGCUGGACAUUUGUUAAGGGUGAAUUGGUCGCACCGCCUGGGCAGGGAGAGGAAGAUUUGAAAAUGGAGUUGCAUAGGGGUCGACUGACAAAGCCCAAGUCGAAGUAA